ACCGUGAAGAGGCUUAAAACUUCGUCAACAAGCCGCCAGUGAGACGGCUUAGCCCGGAGUUCUUCCUCCUCAUUUCGGACCGCCUGUUAUCGCUUCAUCGUUUCACAACUUGAGUGGAAGCGGAGCGAAGAGAUGCCGCUACUCCACAGAAAGCCCUUUACCCGACAGAAACCUCCGGCUGAUCUUCGACCGGACGAAGAAGUGUUUCUCUGUAAAAUUACUCAUGAAAUCUUCAGGACCUAUGAUGAGUUCUUUGAGAGGACCAUCCUUUGCAACAGUUUGGUGUGGAGCUGUGCUCUGACGGGCCGAGCCGGCCUCACCUACCUGGAGGCUGUGGAGAGCGAGCGGCGGGCGAAGCAGAGCCUGGAGAGCUUCCCUCAGGCCCUGGUGGUGCCAAUGCUCCACCUGGCUGCUCUGAGCCGCCACUGCAGGCUGUCGGAGCUCUGCGAGGACGUCUACGGCUUCGUCAAGGAUCGGUUCUUCCCAGGAGAGAUAGUGGAUGUGAGCGGACGCAACGGAACUAGGCGUGUGUGCGAGAUCGUGCAGGUGUUGUCACUUUACGCUUGUGCUAACGGAGCGCCACUCACUAACCGGCAAAGCAAGGCAGCAGACAGCGACACCAUUGUGAUUAGUGACAGCGACGAGGAGAGUGACGCCUUCCAGAGCUCCACAGCACAUCUCAACGGUGGAAAGAAGCCCUUGAGUCCAUCAGCGUUUAAUUACAGAGUGAGGAUUGUCAAGGAUGAAAACAGCGAACCUUUCACGGUCAAAGCCAGUCAAAUCAGAUUCCUCCAUGCAGACCUGUGGGAGGCUUUGGAGGACGACUCUGAUCCCACUCAGUCGGCUCUGACUGCUGUCGCCUCAUUGGCUGCAGCCUGGCCCCAGCUGCAUCAGGGCUCAGGGCUCAAACAGCUGGACCUGGACAGCUGCACGCUAUCUGAAAUCCUGCGCCUCUACAUCCUAGCCUCCGGCGCCGAUUGUAACCAUAGCAACGCAAAGUUCCGCUACCAGAAACRAGGUGGUUUCACGGUCAUGGACGACCCAUGCGUGGAGCUGCGAUUGUCUGACCCAGCGCUGCUGAAGAGGUUGUCGUGCACUCCAGUAUAUGACCUCACACCAGCGGAAAAACUGAAGAUCCUUCAGGCUCUGGUGGGGAAGCUGUUGACUUUGGCUUCCAGCAGAGAUCUGGUAGAGGACUGUGUGGAUGAACAAAAGGCAGCCAGGCAAGAGCUGAGAGAGAUCAGAGCAGAGCAACACCGCCGAAAGAGGGAGGAGAUCGCUCUAAGGGCUCGUGUUCGAAAAGAGGAAAAACUGAGGGAGCAGGAGCUGAGACUGAGGGAGAAAAAGGAUCGAUUGAAGGAAAGACUGCAAGCUAAUGGUGAGACGGCUUCUGAGGGAGAACAGCACGAUAAGAACGCUAAAGAAAAUGCUCCGUCCAGCACACUGAAAACAGGUAAAGGGAGCCAAGAUGAAGACGGGCAACAGCAACAAACGCAUUCUGAUUCCAAACCCUGCGGCCUGACCUCCAACCUGAGCCCAGAGGAGCUGGAGAAGGAGCAGGAAAAGGUUCAAGAGUUGCUGCAGCGAAUCCAGAAGGCGGCCGCCUGCACCUGCCUGCUUCCUCUGGGUAAAGACCGGUUGUUCCGCAGGUACUGGCUCAUCCCAUCAGCCUGCGCCCUGUUUGUGGAAGAGGACUUCUGUGGCCUGACGGAGGACAUGCUGCUGCCACGCCCCAAACCUUCUGAAGACGCUGCAGCUACUAUGGAGGAAACAAAAGCUGAGACUGAACAACCUGGAGAAAAUGCUGGUUCCAGCCUCAGUGCACAUGGAGUACCAGUGAACCGUCCCAACCAGUGGUACUUCUACAGCUCCAUAGAGGACGUAGAUCAGCUGAUCGAGGCUCUAAACCCUCGAGGUCACAGAGAGAGCGGCCUGCGGGAGGCGCUGCUGCAGGACAGAGACAAGCUCCAGCUGCUGCUGCAGAGCUGUGACCAGAGCAAAUACAGGCUCCCCAACAGUGAAGCGGAGCGCUCACCCUGCUCUGCAUCUGCUGAGACCCGGAUGGAGGUCAGGUUAAGAGACCUGCUGCUGGACCUGGAGGACCGCAUCCACCAGGGGUCCCUGGGAACCCUGAAAGUGAUGGACAGACAUGUUUGGCGCUCUGCGCUGGAAGAGGGAAACUACGAGCUUCUGGCAUCUGAGGGCAAAGAAAACGGCGUGAUAAAUGGACAGGUGGAGCCCAUGGAGAUGGACUCUGGUCACAUAAAAACCAGAGACAGAGGCAGUGACAGGCUGCAGGAGCUGAAGUCCGAAGCCACUGGGAGGACCAGCGGCAGUGAGACUCCUCAGGUGAUCAGCAGCUCGGUUCGAAUUCUGGCUCAGGCCCUCUGUCAUGUUGAACAAGGGAUCGAGAGACGCUUCCUCAAACCUCCACUGGGUGACGAAGACUCAAAAAAGGACCAGAAAGUUAAGAAGAACAAGAAGAAAGACGACGACCAAGCAUCUGAUGAUGGCAGCAGUGACGGCGGUCGGGUGGGUAGGACGGUGCUGGACCGAUGGAGGGAGUCGCUACAGGCCUGUUCAAGCUCGUCUCAGGUGUUUGUUCACUUGUCCAGUCUGGAGCGGAGCGUCCUCUGGUCCCGCUCGGUCCUCAAUGCCCGCUGUCGCGUCUGCAGACGCAAAGGAGACGCAGACAGCAUGCUGCUGUGUGACGGCUGUGACCGAGGACACCACACCCACUGUCUGAGGCCCCGCCUCAAGCAUGUUCCAGAGGGCAGCUGGUUCUGUCCAGACUGCCGACCCAGACAGAGAUCCAGCCGCCUUCCGUCCAGACAGCGCUCCUCCAUAGACGAGGAGGAGGAGGAGGAAGAGGAUGAAGAGAAUGGGGAAGAAGAUGACUCUGAAGAGGAAGAAGAGUCGGAAGAGGAGGAAGAUGAUGAUGAGGAGGAAGAUGAAGAGGAGGAGGAAGAGGUAGCUGUGAGUGCCAAAAAGAGCCAGGCUGCACCUCCCAAAGGCAAAACACAACAAACCACGCCCAAAACACAACAAACCACGCCCAAAAACCAACAAACCACGCCCAAAAACCAACAAACCACGCCCAAAGGUCAACAAGCUCCGCCAAAGAGCAGCACUACUUCAUCAGGGAAAAACUCUUCAGCCUCCAAAACCUCAGGGAAGAGAGCUUCUGCAUCCUCGUCCAAAGCAAACACGACACCGAGCGAAAGAGCGYCAUCUCGCUCAGGACAGCGUGCCAGCACCCGCCUGAGUAAUGAGAUUCUCGCCCCAAAGAGCAACGUGAAAACCUCACCUGGUCAGAGGGAGGUCAGCAAGAAGCCCUCAGCAGAAGCUACACCUCCCAAACCAUCAAAAACCGUCCUCCCAGUUCUCUCAGCAAUGUCUUCGUCCUCCAGCCGACGCUCCUCUGGGAGGAAUCAGGGUGUCCACGAGCUGUCRGCCUGUGAGCAGCUGACUGUGGAGCUGGUCAGGCAUGAAGACAGCUGGCCUUUCAUGAAGCUGGUGUCCAAGACUCAGGUUCCUGACUACUAUGAUAUUAUUACGAAGCCCAUCGCUCUGAGCACCAUCAGAGAGAAGGUCAACAACUGUGAAUAUCAGACAGCAGGCGACUACAUCUCCGACGUGGAGUUGAUGUUCUCCAACUGUCUUCAGUACAAUCCUCGCCACACUAACGAGGCGAAGGCCGGCGUGCGCCUGCAGCAGUUUUUCCACUCGGAGCUCAACCGUCUGGGCCUCAGAGAGCGAUGCUCCGCUCCACCUGCCAAACGCGCCCGACAGUGACCUCGCCACCGUACGUCCUGCUGCUGGCUCCGGGGCCCACACUUACAAACUGACUCUCACAAAGUAUUGAUGUUGUUUCCAGAUUAUUCCUUGGUGACCUUUGACCCAAAUGGGCUGGCGGACGCAGCCAAGAGGCUGUAAGAGUUGAAAUAAAUGAAAGAAGGCUUUCAAAACGGUGCAAAUUUGAUGAGCAGAUGUUCCACAAAGGUGGAGUUAUCUCAGAGUUUACCCCUGGUUACGUUGGCUCACCUGGUGUGUUACCCUCUGUUAUGUCUGCUGUGAGAUGACAACGUAGUAGAAAAGCUGUGGGCUCCUUCCUGAGGCAGUUGGGUCUGCGGGGAAUUUCUUUGACCGUUUCAGCAGGCGGGCUGAACACACAGACUUGGUGCUGUAGGACAGUAGAGCCAGUAGAGUCCCUGCUAGUUCCCCACCUUUUGAAAAGCAAAAACCACUGAGGAACAUUUGCACUGAUCGGUAAGACUCGGACGAGGUUUCUUAUGUUUUGCUCAGGGACAAAAUCUUAGUUGUAAAUGAAAACUUGUUUGUAUCAAGCAGCAGAUUUUCACUCUUGUUAUGCCACUGGUGCUCAGCGUUCAAAUAUAUGGAAGUCUGGUGCUGCCGAAAUCAGAAUGAUCAAAUGUAUAUAGAUGUGAACUGGCCUAAUUGGGUAUGAGAGAUAGCAUUGUUUGCAUUGAAACAAUUCUUUCAUACUUCAUUAGUCACUGUUAAACUAAAAAGAGUGGACAUUCUUACAACCACAAAAAGAGGAAUUGUGGAAAUAUUUAGUACUUAAAAACAAAAAAAUCUGACAGUAUUUUUUUCCUGUCAUUUGUGUUCUUCUCUCCCAGCAUACAGAACCAUGAUGACAUAUUAUCAUGGCUUCCUCGAUGCUUUUGGGUCAGCUUUGAAAACCACUGUAUAUAUAAAUAUACAGAGCCAGUUUGCAGUGUAAUUAAAAAAAAAAGGUUUUUUUUUUCAUACUUUAAUCAAAGUUUUUUAUUUUGGCAGCAAUGUAGCAUUUUCAGGUGUACAUAAAGUUAAAAUGAAAGCCAUACAUUAUGGAAAGAUGUCUGUUAAAAUGCCUUAAAGAUCAGAUCCUAAAUCUUUUGCUUUUACAAAUAAAUAGAAAAUUACUAAUUAAUAAAGAAAUGUCAUUGUGUUUGUGAAACAUUUUGAUUUGGCUGUUUGACUAACAGGUUUUUUUGUUGUUGUUGUUUUAUGGGGCAUUAACAUGCAUAUCCUUCUAAACAUUCAGACUUUAAAGUUUUUUUUCCCCAUCUGACAUUUAAAAAGUGAAUUAUACCAGACAUUUAAAAAUAGUUAUGUUAACCAUAAACAACUAUUGAUUUUUAAAGUGAGGAGACCACAAUUCACUUUUUAUGGUUAGGAGAGGAGUGUCUGAAUGUCAGGAAAACGUCUGUCCUGGAAAGGUUGGACAUGGAUUUUGUUCCUGGCAGCUGACCCCGCCUCUCAGGGAUUGGUGUUCUGUUAUUGGCUCAGAGUUUCACAUGGACCUGGGAUGUUUAGCAGUCUGAAGUCUUUUUUUCUAAGUUAAAUUCCUUGUUUUAACACUGUAUACAACUCUGCAGUCACAAUCUGUUUGCAGUAAUGGCUGCUGCCUUUAAACAAAAUUAAAGACUUAAGGUUGAGAGAUGAGAGGAACACCAAGCUGACAUUACAUUCAGAAAAUAAAAUCCGGAAGAAAAGCGGUUCUGUUGAUGACUUCAGUUUCUGCAGAUAUAAUGGUCUCAAAAACAUGUCUGUUGAUUUCCAUUUUCACACAUUUUAAAUUUGUGUUAAUUCACAUUCCUUUUUAAAAUCUUAGAGUAAAGUUGGAUGUCUCUUGCUGAGAGAGAAGGCAAGAUGGUUCUAAAAUUGUGAAUUGUUCCUUUAAGACCUCUAGUUGCUGCAGUGGGCUUGUAGUUAGUCGUUUUUUUUUUUUUACUACUGCACCAUUUCCUGUCUGAUGUUUUUGUACACUGUUCUGCUACAUUCCCACUCCCUGAUGCUGAUGGUGGUGUGUCAGCUGUGGACACUACACUGGAGCUAAUGCAGCCAUCUCUCUCUGCUCUAUAUUUAUUUAGUUGAAGCAUUCAUGUCACUGUCUUUAUUUAUGACUGCUAGUUGCCCUCUUAGCUUCUGAUGUUGUUCUAAUGUAAAAAAUAAAGUGAGUUUUUACUGAAACUGCUAUUCCUGAA